AUGGCGGUGCAAUUAACCAACACGAAACAUUCUCGUGCUAGACGAAUCCCUGUUAACGACCUUAAUUUCUUGAGCUUUCAAGUUUCAACUACCCGUCUUCUUCCCCGAAUCUCUCCUUUAUCGUCUCUCGAAUUCUCUCUCCUCUCUAUCUCUAACAACAGUUAAAAAUGGCUUCCUCUACUACCGAUCAUCAACACCAUGUUCUUUCCUCUUUUGGAAAGGCUUCAGGUGAAUUUGAUCUUGAUGAAGUAGAGCGACCGCUUUUAAAUGGAGCUCAUCCUACUGAGGAUUACUCUCUUCUUUCCUGCAUUGUGCCAUUUUUAUUCCCUGCUCUUGGAGGACUACUUUUUGGUUAUGAUAUUGGUGCCACAUCAUCUGCCACACUUUCAAUUCAGUCACCGACUCUUAGUGGAACUACAUGGUAUGACUUGAGUUCUGUUGAAGUUGGCCUUAUUAGCAGUGGCUCAUUGUAUGGAGCUCUAAUUGGUUCUGUCUUGGCCUUCAAUGUUGCUGAUUUCCUUGGGAGGAGGAAAGAGUUGAUCGCAGCCGCCAUAUUUUAUCUUGCCGGAGCUCUAAUUACAGCAAUAGGUCCGAACUUCGUGAUCAUGAUGAUAGGACGCUUUAUAUUUGGCAUUGGUAUAGGACUGGCAAUGCAUGCUGCGCCAAUGUACAUUGCUGAAACUGCUCCAUCUCAUAUAAGAGGCCGAUUAAUCUCCCUGAAAGAGUUUUUCAUAGUCAUCGGCAUGGUUAUUGGUUAUGCCAUUGGGAGCUUUCUAGUGAAUGUUAUUGCUGGUUGGCGCUAUAUGUAUGGGUUGAGUUCUCCUCUAUCAGUGAUAAUGGCAAUUGGGAUGUGGUGGCUCCCAGAUUCUCCUAGAUGGCUACUUUUGUGUGCUAUACAAGGAAAAGGAAAUGUGCCAGAUUUAAGGGAGAAUGCCAUUAGUUGCAUGUGUCGUCUUAGAGGGCGAGCUGUCAGUGAUACAGCUUCCCAGCAAGUGGAUGAGAUCAUGGCUGAACUUUCUCUUGCUGGUGAACUUAAUAAUGUAUCUACAACUGAGAUGUUUAGAGGAAAAUACUUGAAAGCUCUGGUUAUUGGCUGUGGUUUAGUUUUAUUUCAGCAGAUAACAGGUCAACCAAGUGUCCUGUACUAUGCUGCUUCUAUCUUGAAAAGUGCAGGAUUUUCUGCAGCAUCUGAUGCGACAAGGGUCUCAAUUCUGCUUGGCUUUUUUAAGCUAAUUAUGACUGGAGUUGCUGUUCUAGUUGUUGAUAAACUUGGGAGAAGGCCUUUACUACUUGGUGGUGUAUCUGGGAUGGUUAUCUCUUUGUUGUUCCUUGGAGCUUAUUACACUUUCCUCGGUGAUGCACCAGCUAUAGCCGUCGUUGGUCUACUCCUAUAUGUUGGCUGUUACCAGUUAUCGUAUGGUCCGAUUGGCUGGUUAAUGAUUUCAGAAAUUUUCCCCUUGCGCAUGAGAGGAAGAGGAAUAAGUUUAGCAGUGCUCAUGAAUUUUGGAGCAAAUGCUUUGGUUACUUUUGCAUUUUCUCCCUUGAAGGAUCUCAUUGGAGCCGGAGCUGUGUUCUUUAUGUUUGGUGGCAUAGCUGUCCUGUCUCUCGUAUUCAUAUUCUUUAUAAUACCGGAGACCAAGGGAUUGACUCUCGAGGAAAUUGAGGCCAUGUUGUAACUUCUUUUACCUAUUAUGUAUCUCUAAAACUCCUCUACAAAUGAUUUUUUUAGAAGCGUAUUGGUCGCAUAUAUGCGGGCGCUUCUUAAUGGUGCAGUCUGCCCUACACUAUAUACUUGUAAUAUAGGGUCAACAUGAGGCGAAUUUGUGUAUUUUGCAAUUCAAAUUAUUCAAUAACAAGAUUUUGGUUGUACA